AUGGCACGUCUCUUUUACCCUCUCAUACCCCCGUUUUCGCUAACUUUACGCGUACUGCCCAUCCCUGGCUCUUCUCUCCCCGCCGCUCCGUCGCUCAUCGUCAAUUGCUCUGCUAUGGGUCUCGGCUCGUUGUAUCUGACGCCUUUGUUACACAUGCGACUGCAAUGGAACCUGGUGAACCCUCUUGAUCAACCAACAAUCUUCGAAAACUAUGUCGCUGAGAUUAGGUUAGACGGCAAGCCCGUACAGCUCGCGCUGUGGGAUACUGCCGGUCAAGAAGAAUACGAGAAUUACGUCUCCCGUGCUGAAGCGGAACGUGUCGCGCAAGCUAUCGGUGCACGCGGAUACAAGGAGUGCAGUGCAUUGAAAAUCGAGGGUGUUGACGACGUCUUUGAGGCUGCGACCCGCGCGAGUAUGCUCAUGCGCGAGGGCGUGCCCACACACGUCCCGACGCACGAGCGGAAGGGCAGCCGCAGUGGGAGCCGCGACUGGGAGGGCAACAAGUGCUGUGUGAUCUGCUGA